AAGAAAAAUAGUGAAAGAGCAGCAGCUACAGCAUUACUCUUGAUGCUGCUGAUAUGGGAAGUUUCUGGUGACAACAAGCAACUGCUUUAGUACUGUUCGAAGAGGAAUCUCUCACGUCAGGGAGACAACCAACUUAGCCUAUAUGCUGCAGAUCCAAUGCUGACUGACAAUACUGGGUGCAUAGCAGGAGGGUGUCCAAACAAACCAGGCCUAUCACCCUGAUGCUUGCGGCAGCCACAGCGUAGCCGCGACACCAUCGCGUUCUGCCUGUGGGCAUUAUGCUACGAGAGUUGCUGCUAGCCUUGGGUGGCCACCCCGGUGCUGUGUUUGUUCAGGUCAAUGGAGUUGAGCUGGAGGUAGCGCAAGACCUGUCCUGGAUCACUAGCAGCGAGAGGGACUUCUUGAACCGCCUCUGCAGACUGGGCACGCUGUACAUGCGGUUUUAUCGCAUCGUCGAGGAGCAGGAUGACAUACCGACCGCAAGCAAUGGCCACUAUUGGCGUGCUCUGUGCGAUGGCCUGCGGCAGAUUCUCACGGACUAUUUGAAGGACCUGGUUGCCUUGGAAGAUGAGAUUGUGGAGAACGGACAGGUUGCGCUGACGCACAUUGUGCGCACUGUUGAGCCGUAUCAGACAUUAUUCACGACACUCGGUCUGCUCUUCGAUGACCUAAAGAACAAGAAGAUGCAUGGCUGUCAGAUAUUGGACGUGCUUCAUCAGCAUAGCAACCACGGUCACCCGUCCAGUCAGGCUGCAGUCAGAAGUCUGCAGUAUCACUGCCAUCAGGUGUUCUUUCGUCAGCUGAGUAGCUGGCUGCUGCACGGUCUGCUGGUGGACCGGCACUCCGAGUUCUUCAUCCAGCCGACAGGCAGUACGAGUGCUGCGGAGACGAGUGCUGCGACGGAUUCCGUGGACGGCGCGAGCAUCAGCACUACGACAAUGAAAGCCAUCAAGCAGCAGACGGUGCGAUUGAAGAGGCACUCACGGCGUCAACGCAAGGCACGUGUGCUUCACGGCGUCGCCUCCAAGUUUCUCCCGUCCUACAUGCCCAUGCAACUGGCCAACAAGAUCCUGUUUGUAGGCGAGGCGGUGCAGAUGCUGGCAACGGAUGACGAGAUGGGUGUCAAGCGGAGCUCUGAGCUGUACCGCGGUGGCAGUAUAUUCGAGGAGAAGGAGAUAGUGUUUGCCCGGCAGCUGCUGACCGUCCAGCACUUGCCCCUGUUCAACUUGAUAGCAAUGGAAGAAGUCGUGAUGGACAUCUAUUCAUGCAUCUCAGCGCGAUUGUGGCACUAUGUCAUGAAGGAAGCAAAUCUUGUUGAACAUCUUCGGGUGUUCAAGAAUCACUUCCUUCUUGGCCGCGGAGAGCUCUUCUGCAGUUUCCUGACGCUGGCAGAGCAGAUCCUCCGCUCGCCGCCUAACAACAACACCGAGCACGAUGUGAACAUAGCCUUUCAACAGGCCGUUGGUGAGCUGGGCUCAACCGACGAUGAGACUGGAUUUUCUUUCCGUGUGCAUGUGGCCUUGCCGGACAAGAGCUCUGCACAAGAUAAAUCCUCUGGCAGUGUUGCGGUACAGUCUGGCCCGUUGACGGGCUGGCAGAGUAUUGGCUUGAGCUGUGCUGUCACCUGGCCACUGCAUUUGAUCUUCACCGACACUGCGUUUGAAGACUACAACAAGCUGUUUCUGUUCCUGCUGGGCGUGAAACGAGCCGCUCAGUUCCUGCACGGUUCCUGGAUAAACCUGAUGGAGACGGCCCAGUCGCUGCGAGCAAUGACUGCCGAUCAGCGGUUGCUGUGGAAGCUGCGUGCGGAAAUGGCAUUCUUCGUUGACAACUUGCAAUACUAUUUGCAGGUUGACGUAUUAACCGUACAAUACCGACAGCUCAUCGAGCGAAUCGAAAACGAGCAGAGCUUCGAGGCUAUCCACUUAGCACACGACUCGUUCCUGGCAUCCCUCACUGCACAGUGCUUUCUGAACUCGAAACCGGCCUCGCACUGCCUGAAGGAGAUCUUGCGCAUGGCGGGCAUCCUCUACGACCUCCUUCAGCGCUUGGAGACCUGGUCUGACGGCGAUCACAAGCGCUUGAUGGACUUGCAGAAGAUGUUUGCACGCCAGUCUGGCCUGCUCUUGAAGAUCCUGUCCAGUGUUGGCAAUCACCGAUCCAACCCUCAUCUGGCACAGCUCCUGUUGCGCAGCGACUUCAACUACUUCUACUCCAAGAGGUCUGCCACAGCAUUCUGACACUGCGCCUUUCAUCCUUGAUGGACCGACUACCUUUCAUACAACAUUAGCUCAUCGUUCUAGCUAGGAUAGGUAGGCAUUACAUAACCUCACUUGAAGAAACUUCAACUAGAAAAUUUGUGUUGAGUAGAUUCACAGUCUUCACAUAUUUUUUAUAUCUUUAAAUGCCCAUGCUUUUAUACAAAAAAGUCAUUUACUUCAUGUUACACAAAAAGUCAAAAACACACACAAAAUAAUGUACUCAAAAGAUGAGAAAGGUGAAGAGUUUCAGUAUGCUCAAUGGGGGUUCAAUUUUUAACGUUUGCCGCAGUUAGUUAUGUAGCAAGCUUUGUUUCAUAGGCAGUUUAAAAAAAGUGAUGUCAUCAGGUGAAAUUUAAUAAUAAUGUGAUGCUCAAGGAGACAGCAAUGGGUAGCGCAUUAUUUAUUUUGGUGUGCAUUAUGGAGCAGCGAAUGUGCACGACGCAUCCACGUUGCUGAUACGUUACUAUUUAUUCGUGAAGACUUGGGAACGGAAACAAAACAUGUCAUGAGAAAGAACAACAGGAAAAAGAAGCACACUCAACUAAUCUGUGUGUGUGCGUGCAUGCAGUACAACUAUGACGUAAUGAAUAUAGAUACACAUCACGCCCCUUCGAGAUGUUGCGAAACCUGUGACAGCAACAUCUAUCAUAAAUAAAACAAAAUGAAGAAUGAAAACAACAAAGCAGAGACAGCAGAAAUUGACAUUAGUGAUCAAGAGUGUCAAUCAUAGGACUGUCCAUGAUGCGAACCAAUGUUUAAACGCUGGGGUGGCUUGCGCUGACGUGCGCUGCGGCGGGACGGCGGCGGCGGGGAAGAGGCGUCAGCAGCAGCCGGUUGGACAACAAGCGGUGCAGGCACAAGUGGGCGAUACGGACGCAGGAAUCUGCGGUUCCGCCAAUAAAUGCGACCACUCGGCAACUUCACUAGGUAGUCCCGAUGAUUACCGACAGCAACAAUGACCCCACGAAUAGACCACUGCUUGGUGCGCGGAUGCUGAACAUCCACGUGGGUGCCGAGGCGGAGCUGCGGCAACGAGCGACGAGUUGACGACUUGUCUGUGACGGAAUCGUCGGAUGGCAUGGCAGUCUCAUCACGUGUCGUCGCUUUGGAGAGCCAGGAUGAAUCAAACUCCUUCCAAUGUGCAAUGACGAAUGACUGGAGAGAGCGGCCAUAUAGGAGCUCAGCGGGGCUCUGACCAGAGGAGCCAGGUGUGUUUCGCCAUUCCAGUAGCCCUCGGCGGAAGUCAUCUGUGUCAAGAUUGCCAUUCACGGUUGUCUUGGUGAUAAGACGCUUCAUGGCUUUGACAGCAGCUUCGGCGUGCCCAUUACUCUGCGGGUAGUGGGGAGAGGACAUGACAUGGUUUACCUGCCAGCGCUUACAAAACUCAGCAAACUUAUGCGAGGAGAACUGGGGACCACCAUCUGUACACAGCACAGCAGGAACACCAACAUCAGAGAACCAGCGACGGAAUGCUAGUAUCACGUCAUGCGAUGAGGUGGUGCGGCCAGUACGCGCGACACAGGGCCAACCGGUCAAACGAUCUGCAUACACAAGGAAGUCGUGACCUUGACAAGUGAACAAAUCGGCAGAUGCACAUUCAAACGGUAGUGUCGGGGUGCGGUCGUUCAGCAGGGGCUCAGCUGGCUGGGACGACUGGUGUUCGCGGCAAGCAGGACAAGAACGAACGAGUGUAUCAAUGUCCUUGGUGAUACCGGACCAGUAUACAAGCUGACGCGCACGAGACUUAGUACGCACUAGGCCUUGGUGUGAAGCGUGGAGGUUGUGCAAUACCUGAGCACGCAAUGAUUCAGGAACAACAAUGCGGUUGCCCUUCAACACAAUACCAUGGUCGACGGAGAGAUGCUCACGUCCAUUCCAGUACGCACGUAACGGAGCAGGCAACUUCUGCUGGCGAUCAGGGAAUCCAGUCAAGAUACACUCAAUCAAUGACUGGUACAUGGCAUCUGCAGCUGCAGCUUCCCGCAGCUCUGCAACCUUGAGAUUCGCAUUCGGCUCAGUGUCAGAGUGCACCAUGCAGAUCUGAAUGCUGCGGCAAUGAAGCGACGGGGCUUCACCAAGCUCAUCAGUGGUGGAAGGAAUGCCAACAGGAUUCCGGGACAGCGCAUCGGCGAAGGCAUUUUCAGAACCUUUUCGCCAAUAUGCCUGCAGCUGAUAGGCUUGGAGCUUGAGGCGUAAUCGGAGAAGACGCGGGUUCUCGAUCUGAUCCAACGAAUAUGAGUUGAUGAUCGGAAUCAGGGGCUUGUGGUCGGUGACUACUUCAAAUGGCGCACCAGACAGGUAGAUGCGGCAUUUGCGCACGGCCCAUACUACAGCGAGCAUUUCCAACUCGAUGACAGCAUAACGGGUUUCAGCAUCAGACAGGUAGCGGGAUCCACACUGAAUAAUACGCCACUGAUCAUUCUGCUUUUGCCAAAGCACGAAUCCGAGACCUCUUAGAGCGGAUGCAUCGGUUUCAAGCCGGAGGUCUUGACCAACUUGAUAGAAAGCGAGAACCGGAGGAGACAAGAGAGCUUCCUGUGUCUGUUCAAACGCUGCAGUGUGGCUAGCGUCCCACAUGAACUCACGGGAGGUCUUGAGCAGGCCACGCAGAGGAUUGGUCAACUCGGCUAGAUGUGGAGUGAACUCGCCACAUUGGUUCACUAGACCGAGGAACGAACGGAGAUCAGUUCUGUUGGCGGGUACUGGAAACUGGCGAAUACCGGACGUCUUAUCAUCGUCGACGACCCAGCCAUCAGGCGUGACGUUGUAGCCGCAGAAAUGGAUACGUUGCGUACCGAACACAAACUUGGCGGGGCUGAACGUGAUACCAUGCUCCCUGGCGCAGAGCAGAAUCUCGCGCACGUGGCUGACAUGCGACAGAAAGUCGUCGUCGUACGCUAGGCAAUCAUCGACUACCUUGCCGAGACGCGGGAUGGCAGAGAACGCAGCAUCAGUGCGCCGGUUGAACUCAUCCCCAGCAGAUAUUAGACCCUGCGGGUUCCGUAGAUAACGAUAUCUGCCGUACGGGGUGAUAAACGUGGUGAAUUCCUGAGCAGUGUCACUGAGAGGAAUCUGCCAGUAGCCGUGCCUUGCAUCGAGCUUCGUAAAGAACUUAGCAGAGCCAACUCCAGAGACAACGUCACGUGCCGUAUGUACGGGAUGCGCGGGACGACGGACUUGGUCGUUCAGCCGCUUGAAGUCAACUGUGAGGCGCUUCUCAGUGCUGCCCUUCUUGUCUACUAUGACAAUCGGAUGGCACCAUUCACUAGGCUCCGUCACUGGUUCAAUGAUCCCGUCGCUGACCAUGCCGUCGAGCUGAGUCUUGAUCUGGUCACGGAAUGCAUACGGUAUUGGUCGAGCAGUGUGCACACAGGAAGGCUUAGAAUCAUGCUGUAGCUCAAUUUCCAUUGGCGGACCUUCCAUUGGCUUCAGACCGGAAUCCGAGAAAACGUCAGCGAACUCUUGCAGGAGCUGCUCACGUGUCCGCGCUAACUCAGCAUCACUAGGAUGAGCGCAUGACGAAACAGCUGCACAGAUCUUGGGUGAAGAUGCACCCUCGUGUUCAGCGGUGAAUUGGACUGGCCAAUCAGGUGGGAGAAACUUCAGCGCACGCAAUGAGGUAUGAGAGAGCAGGGCAUCGUGUAGACCCUUGUACACAUGGAUGACGGUUUCAUGCUGCGUCUCACCGACUCGUAGAGUCGCACGUAUUUUGCCCAGGUUGCGUAGCGGCUCACCGGUCACAGCCUGCACACAGUCGUGGUCGUCAUCUAAGUUCUCGACGAACCCACCGAUCUGCGUGAGGUGCUCCUCGCCAAUGGCAUCAAUGUCACUGCCUGUGUCUGGUGUCCAGGACAGUUGGGAUGGCUGAUCCUCUGUUUGCAGCAUGGUCGAAACAGGUACUGUGCGACGGUCCACGCGAGACGCACGCUGUAGCUUCAGCUGUCCAAGCUUGGCAGCAGAGCUAGUCUUGGGCUGUUUCUGGCUCUUGCACAUUCGCUGAAAAUGCCCAAUGCCAUGACAGGAGUUGCACUUCUUGCCCUUGGCAGGACAUACAGAUUUCGUGUGCUCAGAACGACCACAAUUUGGACAAGUGGACUUGGCCGCACUUGAUGCCUCACUUGGCUUAGAGUCAGCUGGCUUGUGACGUUUCUGCUGCUUGUACGCCGACUGCUUGGCAGCACUUGCCUGGAGGCCAGGACUGGGCAUGUGUGCCUUGGUGUGGUAUGCUGCUUCCUCCGUCCGACAGAGGGUGACAGCCUGGUCGAGCGUGAGACCAUGAGUUGCGAGCAACUUGUGUCGCGUCUCAUCGUUCCGCACACCAAUGACGACGCGGUCGCGCAGAGAUUCCUCCUUGAGGGUACGGCCGAGGCCUUUGCACUGCGCACAGCAGCGAGCAUCACACGUUCCACAUAGGCUGUGUGACAAGAAGUCGCAUGCACUUUGUAGUUCACACAGGGCUGUGUAAAACGCAUCAAAUGAUUCUCCAGCUUGCUGGACACGCUGGUAAAACUCUAUGCGGUCCAACAGUGGAUUACGUUGCCGUCUGAUAUACGCCUGAAUGCGCUCCAGCAUCAGGUCGACGUCAGCUGAAGCUGGUAUGCAAAUAAUAUCCUCUCGGAUAAAACGUCGCAGCUCCUCAUCGAAACACUGACGGAGUGUUGCCACUCUGGCCUCACGAGCCUGGCUGGCCAAAUGCUGGCAAACACUAAAAUCUCUCCAGCUUUCAACGAAGGAGUGAAAAUCAGCCAGCGUCGCAGACGACAAUAAGUGUGGGCAGGAAACACUGUUCACUGGCCGUGGUGCUGAGGUCUGCGAGGUGGACUGAGCUGGUGCUGAGGGCUGCGGAGUGAACUGAAGCUGCGAUGGUGAUAGCGACCUGCUCUGAACAUUCUUGAACAGAUCUUGCAUCGCCUUAUCACGAGCCUCAGCUGCACGCAUCUGCUGCUCCAUAAAUUUCAUCAGGACACCCAUUUGAGAUUCCUGCUGUCGCUCGGUCGCGGAGGACAGGUCAAAUCCGGUAUCGUCCUGUGAUUGUUCCAUUACGAUUAGUCACUCGUCCACGAGUACGAACAAAAUACACUACUAAAAUAAUUCAACUGAGACAGAGUUUCGAUCGCGGAAACUACUACUUCAUACGGAAAAACCAACUGGGCCCGUGCAAACACUACAAGGUGCGGACACAAGGCACGGACACAGGAAAGAACAAGUUCACUGCGCCAUGAUACGUUACUAUUUAUUCGUGAAGACUUGGGAACGGAAACAAAACAUGUCAUGAGAAAGAACAACAGGAAAAAGAAGCACACUCAACUAAUCUGUGUGUGUGCGUGCAUGCAGUACAACUAUGACGUAAUGAAUAUAGAUACACAUCAGUUGCAUGGCAUGAAAAAGAGCAACACAACACAGCUAGCAAAAAGUCAUCGAAAACCGUAAACAAUGAAUAAAAAACGAGUUUCCUGCAGUACCUAAGUUACAU